AUGGCACCAACUCCGGAGAAAGAGCAGAAGUUGAAAGAUUCAAACUUGGUCGACUGGGCCGUAUUUUCCGAGAUAUUACAAAUGGACGAAGACGAAGAGGGCUUUUCGCAGCAACUAGUGGAGACGUUUGUUUCCCAAGUGGAAGAAACAUUCGACACCAUACAAUUAUACUUGAAAGAGAAGGAUUUGGAGCAGUUGAGUUCCACGGGCCAUUUCUUAAAAGGCUCAGCUGCCGCAUUGGGGUUGACGUCGAUUUCAAGCCAGUGUGAAAGAAUACAGAAUUACGGUCACAAGAUAAACUUUGACGACUUUGAAUUGACUUCUGCACCCGCAACACCAAGUCUGUCGCACAAGAGCAUAGCGCACAAAUCUGAGAGAAAAUCGGAUCCAGAAGAGAACAAGGCAAAAGCAGCAGCGCCAUCUGCAGCCAACGGAACCAGAAACGAAAAUGAUGAUGCCAAUACGAAAGAAGCUACAAAAAAAGCUACAGAAACUACUCUGGCCACGGAGAAACUGUCGAAUUCAUCCGUACCGGACGAACUGAGCGAUGAUUUCUGGAUAGCAUUAAUUGAAGACGCCUUGGCCAAGGCCGAAGAUGGGUUUGUCAAGAGCAAAAAGGCCUUGGAUGAGUUUUUCGAAUAG